UAAUAGUUGGUAAAGUAGAGUGUAAAAGACAGAUUGAAGAACGCAGGGCUAUCUAGAGCAAGGAGCACCUGGAAGCAAAGAGUCUUUGUUUUUGUGGUUUGCUCUUACAAAACUUGAGCUUCUGUGUAAUUUUUUAAGUUUGUGACCUGUGUCUCUGGAGUCAUAUGAUAUGUGCUCUGACGGGGAACAGCAGGGUCUUUAAAGGACUGGUGUGACACCUGUAAACAUGGAUUAAUCACGAGUAGGUCUUUGGAAGAUGGUGCAGUUGCCGCUGGGUGCUUACCUGCCUUCUACUGCAGUUCCAGGCCACCUUCUGCUCUUCACAGUGAUAAAAGGCUGUCUGGACUGGAGAGCGUCUAGAGAAAAGGCACUGAACAACUGAAGGAUUUGGAAACUUAGUCUGUAGUGAAUUCCUUUAAUUGUUCUAUUUAGUCUGUCAUGAUUAAUGUGGGGAAACACAGCUGGUAUAUAAAUGAAAAUAUUUUAAUAAACAUUGCAAAGUAAAUGCUGGGGUGCUAGCAGCUAGAUUUGAGUCUUUAAAAUGUAGUUAUCAGAAGUUGCUGACUGCCAUUUUGGUUAUAUGUUACAGUGCCAGGAGAAAAAAAAAAAUAUAACUUGCAGCUUAGUCAACUGUCUCUUUGUAUUGCAUACUAUAGCAGCUAAAAGUAAUAAUUAAAAAAAAUGCUGUUUUUAUAUAUAUUGCAAAUAUAUAUUUUUAUUUUAUAUAUAUUAUUUUUUUAGAAUUGAUGAACAAGCACUGAAUUGGAUUUUUGCAUCUAAAAUUUAAUUAAUUUCCUAAAAGGAAGUUAAGUGUUUCUUUUCUUUAAGCAUUUUUAGUCAUGAAUAAUGAAAAAUUAAAAAUAACAAGGUGAUACUUGUUUGCCUACCUAAAAUGAAAAAUGACUCUGUAGGGAUUUUCUGUGCAAAUUUUUGCCGAUUUCUCCGCCAUCACCCCCCUGCCCCGCUACUUUAUGGAGAUUUUGAAAGUUCUUCCCCCUCUGCCCUAAACAUCAUGCACAAAUCAUGUGCUGCAAUUUAUGCUGAUAUUGGUGUUGAUUUCUCUAAGCAAACAAAAUACAACAUUGAGAGCUUCUUGGUUAAUCUUUGUUGUAGAUGCAACUUUCCUAGUGAUUUUUUUUUUUUUUCAGGGUAGAGUGCCUUCAUGACAUGUUCUUUCUCUCUCGCUUUACACAAACUACACUCAAAACAAUUCCAUUAUAGGAGUUCUUCACAAAUCACUUGCUUGGUUUGCCAUCCCUUCAGAAGAGAAUUGGGUGCAAUUCUUCCAGCCUUGCUGUUGCACAAGUCUCAGUUAAGUGGAUUGUCAAGUUGGCUUGAAAAAAAAAAAACCAAACAGCAAAACACCCAGCAGAAGAUGUUUCACGUUGUUCAGUAUCAGCCUUUAAGACUAAUAACCCAAAACAGUCUUUCUAGCAUGUGUUUAAAACUGAUGCUUUCAAGACCUGCUGCGUUUGCACAGAUAUGGAAGUCAUGGUUCUCAAGCCAUUCUCUUGUUGGAAACAAAAAUAUUAUCCUGAUGGGACCUCCGGGUGCUGGGAAAACAACGAUUGGGAGAAUAGUAGGUCAGAAACUAGAUUGCCCCGUCAUAGACAUAGAUGAUGAUGUCCUUGAAACAACCUGGAAUAUGAGUGUGUCGGAAAAACUGCAGGAUGUUGGUAAUGAGCAAUUUUUAGAGGAGGAAGGAAAAGCCCUGUUGAAGUUUUCAGCAUCUGGAAGUGUCAUUUCCCUGACUGGGUCCAAUCCGAUGCAUGCUGCUGGCAUGCAGCAUGUGAAGAAAAAUGGAAUAGUUGUAUAUCUGGAUGUGCCCACAACAGUCAUUAUGAGUAGGCUGAAAUCGAUGAAAGUGGAUCGCAUCGUGGGCCAGUCUCCUGGUAUUUCGCUCAAGGACAUACUUCAGUUUCGGAAGCAGUUCUACAAAAGGUGGUAUGACAUCCGUGUUCUCUGUGGAGGGGAUAUUGCAGCAGAGGUUGUAGCAGAAAAGGUGCUUGAUGCUGUGAAGAGAUACCAAAACUCGGAACUGGAAACUUUCACUUCAACUAGGUCUAGUAGGUCUGGAAGGAGUAUGGAAAAAGACUCUCAUAAAUAUUUCAGUGAUGUUGUCACUGAGGGCUUAGCCUCUGAUGGAGGACUCUUUGUUCCUGAGAGAGGACUUCCAAAAUUCACUGCUGGAGAAUGGCAAAGCCUAAUAGAAGCAACUUACAUUGAAAGAGCCCAGGUUAUACUAGAAAGAUGCAUACAUCCUUCUGAUAUUCCUGCUUCUAAGCUGGCAGAAAUUAUUGGAACUGCUUAUGGAGAAAACUUUACUUGUUCUAAAAUUGCCCCAGUUAGGCAUUUGGCAGGCAAUCAGUUUCUCCUUGAGUUAUUUCAUGGACCAACAGCAUCAUUUAAAGAUUUUGCAUUACAGAUGGUGCCACAUAUAUUUGCAUACUGCAUUCCCAGAAGCUGCAAUUACUUGGUUCUGGUAGCUACUUCUGGUGACACAGGGAGUGCAGUCCUAGAUGGCUUUAGUCGUCUCCAUGACACUGACAAACAGAGAAUUGCUGUGAUGAAUUUUUUUCCUGAGGAUGGAGUAAGCCCAAUUCAAAAAUCACAGAUGAUUGGCUGUCAGAAAGAAAAUGCCUGGUCAGUAGGUGUCAAAUCUGAUUUUGAUUUUUGCCAGACAGCUAUAAAGCAAAUCUUUACUAAUUCUGAUUAUACUGGCUUUCUUACAGUAGAAUAUGGAACAGCUUUAGCUGCAGCAAACUCCAUAAACUGGGCACGACUGCUUCCUCAGGUAGUUUAUCAUGCCUCUGCAUACCUUGAUCUUGUUCAUCAAGAUAUUAUUCCUUUUGGAAGCCCUGUAGAUGUUUGCAUUCCUACAGGAAACUUUGGCAACAUAUUAGCUGCUUUAUAUGCUAAAAUGAUGGGAAUUCCUAUUAGAAAAUGUAUCUGUGCUUCCAAUGAAAACAAUGUUUUGACUGACUUCAUAAGAACAGGUGUUUAUGAUUUGAGGGGAAGAAAAUUGAUUCCCACUUUUUCACCAGCAGUAGAUAUUUUGAAGUCCUCCAAUCUUGAGCGAUACUUGUACCUGAUUACUAAUGAGGAUGGACAACUGGUGACACAAUUAUAUAACCAGCUGGAAAAUCAGGGCCACUUCCAGCUACAGAAAGAUUUACUUGAAAAGCUUCAGCAGGACUUGGUGGCUGGAUGGUGCUCUGAGGAGGACUGUCUAGCUGCCAUUCACUCUGUAUACAGUACUACAGGAUAUAUUUUGGAUACACACACAGCUGUUGCUAAAGUAGUUGCAGAUCGAUUACAAGAUAGAACUUGCCCAAUUAUUAUUUCAUCUACAGCUCAUUAUUCUAAGUUUGCACCUGCUAUCUUGAGGGCCUUGAGGAUUGCAGAAAUAAACCAGAAUCCAUUAAGUCAGCUUCACUUGCUGAGUUCUUACAGCCCUCUGCCUCCAGUCCACUGGGGCCUAUUAGAGACUCUAAAAAAGAAGGGGAAUGAGGAUCACCAGGUCUGUGCUGCUGAUAUAAGUAUGCUGAUGUCCCAUAUAGAAACCUUAAUUCAAAAUCAUUUUAUGAAAGUUUUCUGAGCAACUGAUCAGUCGUCCACUGUGUCAAUUGCAAUACCUUCUUAACAAGCUGCAUGUUUUAAUAAAGUCAUGAUUGACCUGG